UCACGCACGACUCACGACACCCACCAGCCAUCAGCCAUGUCUGCCAAAGCGAUCAGGGAGUACCAUGGCAAGCGCCUUGUUUCCAAGUGGAUUUCGGAGUAUGGCGACUACGACAUCGAGAACCGCUGUGUCCAGGUGAAAGCGGACAUGCUCCAGGGGGGUGCUGACGCUGGCUUCGCCAAAAUCGAGCAAGACAACUCCUGGCUCGCCAACACCCCGCUGGUCGUCAAGCCCGACCAGCUGAUCAAGCGUCGAGGAAAGGCUGGCCUACUCGCGGUCAACAAGACCUGGCCUGAGGUGAAGGCAUGGAUUUCGGAGCGCAUGGGCAAGAGCCAGGAGGUGGAAGUCGUGACAGGCAUCCUUGACACAUUCAUCGUCGAACCGUUCGUUCCCCACGAACAAAGUGACGAGUACUACGUGUGUAUCAACUCCAACCGGGAGGGUGAAGAGUUCUUGUUUUGCCACGAAGGAGGAGUCGAUGUCGGCGACGUCGACGCAAAGGCAGACCGGCUCCAGGUGCCGAUCGGAGACAAGGCGACUGCAUCCGACAUCAAGGAGGCGCUCCUCUCGAAGGUGCCAGAGAGCCGGCAGGACAUGCUAGCUGAUUUCCUGGCAGCGUUGUUCAAGCUGUACAUCGACUUGAACUUCGUGUACAUGGAGAUCAACCCCAUUGUGGUUGUGGGGGAGCGAAUCACGCCCCUGGACAUGGCCGCCAAGAUCGACGAGACCGCCUCGUUCUUGUGCGGCCCGAAGUGGGGGGAGAUUGACUUCCCUGCUCCGUUCGGUCGCCCCGAAUUCCCCGAGGAGGCCUACAUCAAGAAACUUGACGGGAGCACCGGAGCAUCCCUGAAACUCACCAUUCUGAACCACAGCGGGAGGGUGUGGACGAUGGUGGCUGGUGGAGGUGCGUCAGUGGUGUACGCUGACACUAUCUCCGACUACGGCUAUGGCAAGGAACUUGCCAACUACGGAGAGUACUCUGGCGCUCCGUCGGAACAGAUGACGUACAACUACGCUAAGACGAUCCUUGGUCUCAUGACCCGGGUGAAGGACGACAAGGGCAAGGUGCUCAUCAUUGGAGGAGGGAUUGCCAACUUCACGGACGUCGCGGCCACGUUCACUGGCAUCAUCACAGCGCUCAAGCAGUACGCGGAAGAGCUCCGCGACGGCAAUAUCUCCAUCUGGGUCCGACGAGCGGGCCCGAACUACCAAGAGGGACUGCGUAAGAUCCGUGAGACCGGAGAGUCCAUCGGUGUACCGAUCCGUGUGUACGGCCCGGAGACCCACAUCACUGCUGUCGUUCCGAUGGCACUGGGGCUUGUGGAUGGAGCUACUGUGCCAGAGUUUGACCAAGUGCCUGAGCAGGAACAACCGGCCACUGUUAAGAAGGAUUCUCCUUCCACUGCCGCCGAGGCUCAAGUGGAACCAUCGGCCGGGUCAGGCGACGCCCCUGCAGCUCAAGAGAGCGCGCCCAAUGGUACCACGGCAUCCUCGGAACACACUGUCCAAAACUUCGCCCCGGACACGACGGCCAUCGUCUACGGCCUCCAAAACCGCGCCGUGCAGGGCAUGCUGGACUUCGACUUCAUGUGCAAGAGGGAAAAGCCGUCGGUGGCGUGCAUGGUGUUCCCUUUCUCUGGGAACCACUACAUCAAGUUCUACUGGGGAACGGCGGAAACCCUCAUCCCGGUGUACACGUCUAUCGCCGAGGCGGUGAAGCGACACCCGACCGUGUCGGUCAUGGUCAACUUCUCGUCUUUCCGUUCCGUGUACGAGACAACUAUGGACGCCCUCAACUACUCUGACACGAUCAAGACUCUGGCUAUCAUCGCCGAGGGAGUCCCGGAAAGCCAGACCCGCGAAAUCAUCAAGGCUGCCGACGAGAAGAAGGUUGGUCUGAUCGGGCCGGCCACCGUCGGUGGAAUCAAGCCGGGAUGCAUGCGCAUCGGUAACACUGGUGGUAUGCUGGACAACAUCGUCAUGUCCAAGCUGUACCGACCGGGAACCGUCGCGUACGUGUCGAAGAGUGGCGGCAUGUCGAACGAACUCAACAACAUCAUCGCGCGCAACUCCGAUGGCGUGUUCGAGGGGGUGGCGAUCGGCGGAGACCGCUACCCAGGCACCCGGUUUAUCGACCACCUCUUGCGGUACCAGGACAACCCGACAGUGUCGAUGUUGGUCCUGCUUGGCGAGGUUGGAGGAGCUGACGAGUACGACGUUUGCGAUGCGCUCAAGAGCGGACGUAUCACCAAGCCCGUCGUGGCCUGGUGCAUCGGCACGUGUGCAUCCAUCUUCCCCUUCGAGGUGCAAUUCGGCCACGCAGGAGCUUGUGCGCGCGGUCAGGGUGAAACCGCGGCAGACAAGAACGCAGCCCUAGCCGCGGCUGGUGCGGUGGUCCCCGUCUCGUUCGACGAGUUCCCCUCCAAGAUCAAAGAAGUCUUCGACGGCUUGCUCGAGAAGGGCCUGGUGAAGGCUAUGGUGGAACCGCCUGUGCCAAAGGUGCCUAUGGACUACACGUGGGCCAAGCGCCUUGGUCUCGUGAGGAAGCCUGCCAACUUCAUCUCAUCUAUUUCGGACGACCGCGGAGAUGAGCUCAGCUACGCAGGGAUGCCGAUCAGUGAAGUCUUCUCGGCCGACAUCGGGUUGGGUGGUGUGCUUUCGCUCCUGUGGUUCCGCCGUCGGCUCCCCGACUACGCCACCAAGUUCAUCGAGAUGAUCCUCAUGGUGACGGCCGAUCACGGACCGGCGGUGUCUGGUGCCCACAACACCAUCGUGACAGCAAGGGCCGGGAAGGAUUUGGUGUCGGCGCUGUGCUCUGGUCUUUUGACCAUCGGCCCCCGAUUCGGGGGGGCGCUGGACAAGGCCGCGGAGAUGUUCACCCAGGGUGCUGACGAGGGAGCCGACGCCGCUGAGUACGUGAAGCGCAUGCGCCAGCAGAACAAGCUCAUCAUGGGCAUCGGGCACCGCAUCAAGUCUCUCAGCAACCCAGACAUGCGUGUGACAAUCAUCAAGGAAUAUGCUCUGAAGCACUUCAAGAACAACAAGGUCCUGGACUUCGCUUUGGCCGUCGAGCAGGUCACCACCAAGAAGAGGGAGACGCUUAUCCUCAACGUCGAUGGGUGCAUCGCGGCGUGCUUCGUUGACCUCCUCCGUUCGUGCGGGGCGUUCACGCAGGAAGAGGCGGACGAGUUGAUCGCCAACGGCUGCCUUAACGGCAUGUUCGUGCUGGGCCGAUCGGUGGGCUUCAUCGGCCACUACCUCGACCAAAAGCGGCUGAAGCAGCCUCUCUACCGCCACCCUUGGGACGACAUCUCUUACCAAUCAGUAAACUAAAUUAGAUUUGCACGUCGUAGGCUGAACCGAGAGACCUCGCGCUGUAACAGCGAACAUGUGUCCACGCCACCAGUGGGGUCAACGAAACACGCACGACCACAUGAAAUCUGGGUCAGCUAGCGUGUUUUGCAACCACGCAAGGAGAGUUGCGCCUCGUGAGGAUUUGGAUUACAUAGCCCCUUGUGUAUUUGCUUCUAAAAAUCAACGACGGAUGAGUUGUUCGUGGGCUGUUUCAAGCAAUAAUUGUGUUCGAGUGCGGUGGUGUAUUGCUUGUGUGUUUUGUCUGGCCUCGUGCCCGUGUUUUAUGUGAAUUGAUCGUGUUUACUCAAACAUUUCAUGUGAUGAACGAGGAAAAUGAUCAGUACAGGCUGACUAUCCAUGGUUCGGGUAAUUUGAUUCUGUUUGGCAGGCAACUACAGUACAGCAGUCUCACCUCGCUCGCCGAAACCCUAUUUUAAAAGAACCAACUUCCACAUGAAACGCU